AUGACUCCCACGUACCCCCGUCCCGACUAUCAACGUACGGCCCUGAAUUGGACGACUUUGGACGGGCAGUGGGACAUCGUGUUUGAUGAUAAGGACGCUGGCAGAGCCGAGUUCUGGCAGAGCAAAGGCAUCCCGGCCGAUUCCAAGCGUCAGAUCCAAGUCCCUUUCGCUUUCCAAGCGCCUGCAUCUGGUCUUGGCCUGAACGAAGUCCACGAGGUCCUCUGGUAUGAGCGAAAGAUUGCUGACAUCCGGAGCGCCGAGGAGCUCGCCAAGGGCAACCGACUAGUCCUGCGAUUCGGCGCCGUUGACUACAAGUGCUCAGCGUGGGUUGAUGGCCACCUUGUUGGCUCCCACCGUGGCGGCCACGUAUCAUUCGAUCUAGACGUCACGGAUGCGAUCGAGGCUGCUAGCGACAAAAACAACGCGACGUUGACGAUCCGCGUAGAGGAUUCGGCGUACGAUCUUGCACAACCCCGUGGCAAGCAGUAUUGGCGCGAGACUCCGGAGAGUAUCUUUUAUCAUCCCACCAGCGGUAUUUGGCUUUCGGUAUGGCUCGAGAGUGUGCCGCAAAUGCGCCUCGCGACGAGCAGUGAAGGCACGAUCCUGCGAUCUGACGAUGUCAAGAACGCUCAGCUGCACGCCAGAGUUGCUGUGACCGGACGUCCUGUUGGAUUUGGCUGCUCGGUGGAGAUAGUAUCGAGCAUAGGCGGCCAGCAGGUCGGCAAGUCUGAGAAGAAAGAGUUGCCCAAGGACAAGGGUUUCGUCAACGUCGAUGUUCCCAUGACAGUGACUGAUGUUGCUGGCCUCAAGAGCAAGGGGUUGCCUUUCAACGUCGACGGGGCUGUGUCCGAGAACGGCGUUGCCCUGUGGGCACCUGAGCAUCCUCUCCUUUACGACCUGACUAUCCGGCUAUACGAUUCCUCAGAUACUCUCGUAGAUGAGGUUCAGACCACUACGGGCAUGCGCAGUAUAUCUUGGAACAACGGCGAUAGUACGUUCCGCCUCAACGGCAAGCCUUACUUCCAGGCACUUGUUCUCGAUCAGGGAUACUGGCCUCGCACUGGCAUGACUCCUCCUUCACCAGAUGCCCUGAAAGCAGACAUCGAAAUGUCAAUUGCAAUGGGCUUCAAUGGCUGCCGGAAGCACCAGAAGGUCGAAGACCCUCUCUUCCUCUACUGGUCUGAUCGUCUCGGAUAUCUGGUUUGGGGUGAGAUGGCCAGCGCCUACGAGUUCAAUGACGAUUACGUCGAGGCUUUCAAUCAGGAGUGGCUAGAAGCAAUGAAGAGAGAUAUCAACCACCCUUGUAUUAUCACUUGGACCAUUGCCAACGAAAGCUGGGGAUACGACAAGCUCAAGGACAACAUCGAGCAGCGCAAUCACCUACGCACACUCUACUAUACGACCAAGACUCUUGAUCCUUCUCGACCGAUCAACGACAACUGUGGCUGGGAACACGUCAUCACUGACCUGACCACUUUCCACGACUACGACGACCAUGAUGUGCUGGCAGAAUCCUGCAAGAAGAUGGAGGGUGGGAUUUUGAACCUGAAACACGGUGGCCAGGCAUGGCAUCCGAUUUUCCUUCCCAAGAUAAUGGACGGCUCCAUCGAGGUAGACGCUCCUCCACAGUACAACCCUGGUCUCCCAGUCAUAUGCACAGAGUUCGGCGGCGUCAACAUUGCCCCUGGGAAGUCCGAAGAGGCUGGAGAGAGAGACUGGGGAUACACAACCGCCAGUGACCCCGAAGACUUGCUCUCACGCUUUGAGAAGCUGAUCAUGGCUGUCGUUCAGGGAGGCCUCAUCUGCGGGCUUGUCUACACACAGCUAUGCGACGUCGAGCAAGAGGUCAAUGGACUCUACUCUUUUGGCCGACACGCCAAGAUUCCGGCUGCACGAGUAAAGGCCAUCCUGGAUGCCGCGCAAAAGUAUUACUACGAGAAGGUGGCGCCGAAAUAG